CAUCUGUUUCUAUAAUCAAGUGUCAAGAACAUUCUUCCUCUAACGACAUGUUUAAAGCAGACCACCAUAGUCCCUGUGCCCAAGAACACUAAGUUAACCUGCCAAAACGACGAAAGACCUGUAGCACUCACGUCUGUAGCCAUAAAGUGCUUUGAAAGGCUGGUCAUGGCUCACAUCUACACCAUCAUCACAGAAACUCUAGAUCCACUCUAGUUUGCAUACUGCCCCAUCAGAUCCACAGAUGAUGCGAUCUCCAUUGCACUCCACACUGCCCUUUCCCACCUGGACAAAAGGAACACCUAUGUGAGAAUGCUAUUCUUUGACUACAGCUCAGCAUUCAACACCAUAAUGCCCUCAAAGCUAAUCAAUAAGCUAAGGACCCUGGGACUAAACAUCACCUCCCUCUGCAAAUGGAUCCUGGACUUCCUGACGGGCCACCCCCAGGUAGUAAGGAUGGAUGGAUGAUCACAAAUUCAUACAACACAGUGAGACCUUAAUGAACGUACUCAAUAUUAUGGGUGGGGAGUUUACUACAGACAGUGUGGACAUACCUUUCCCAGAGGACCUGUACAAGCAAGCUGAAUAUUUACCAACUGAUGACACAAUUUGGUUCAUCCUCCAAACCCUUGACAAGAUCGCUGAGCUGUUUGAUGGAGAACUAGACUCUGUCUGGGAUGAGAAGAAAGUGGAGAUCUUCCUCAAUGUUCUCACCAGUCAGUCUGAUGGCCUUCAGUCAUGUGUUACGGCCCAGAAAAAAAAUAGCAAGAAUCUGCAAAUGUACUUCAAGAGGCUAAACAACCAUGUCCUUAAAAGAAUGGCAUACAGUGCUCAUGCAUGGGAGCUGGUCAGGAAAGAGGUUAGGACACAUCUGAGGAGGCUGGUUCUUCUGGGUUCAGCUACAGAAAACAGCAUCUAAACUCAGCAACGCAAUAAUUAUCAUCACGUAUGAGUGACGUCAUGUAUUUCGCCUGUUUCUUUGUAUUUUUUAUGAUAUGUUUAUUGAUUCCACAUGGAAAUGUGUUUUUUUUAAA